CCCAUGGUGCAGCGGGGGUCGGGAUGUCGAAGACGCUGAAGAAGAAGAAGCACUGGCUCAGCAAGGUGCAGGAGUGCGCGGUGUCCUGGGCCGGGCCCCCGGGCGACUUGGGCGCCGAGAUCCGGGGCGGCGCGGAGCGUGGCGAGUUCCCUUACCUGGGGCGGCUCCGCGAGGAGCCGGCUGGCGGCGGCGGGGGCACCUGCUGCGUCGUCUCGGGCAAGGCGCCCAGCCCCGGGGACGUGCUGCUGGAGGUGAACGGGACGCCUGUCAGCGGGCUUACCAACCGGGACACCCUAGCUGUCAUCCGCCACUUCCGCGAGCCCAUCCGUCUCAAGACCGUGAAGCCAGGCAAAGUCAUUAAUAAAGAUUUGCGGCAUUACCUGAGUCUUCAGUUUCAGAAAGGAUCAGUUGACCAUAAACUGCAGCAAGUGAUCAGAGAUAAUCUCUACUUGAGAACCAUUCCAUGCACUACAAGGGCCCCCAGGGAUGGGGAAGUUCCAGGGGUGGACUAUAAUUUCAUUUCUGUUGAGCAGUUCAAAGCACUGGAAGAGAGUGGAGCAUUAUUAGAAAGUGGAACGUAUGAUGGAAACUUCUAUGGAACUCCUAAGCCUCCAGCAGAACCCAGCCCUUUCCAGCCAGAUCCUGUUGAUCAGGUCCUCUUUGAUAAUGAGUUUGACACAGAAUCCCAAAGAAAACGAACUACAUCUGUUAGCAAGAUGGAAAGAAUGGACAGCUCUCUUCCUGAAGAAGAAGAAGAUGAGGACAAGGAAGCUGUUAAUGGCAGUGGGAAUGCAGAAAACAGAGAGAGGCAUUCUGAGUCGUCUGACUGGAUGAAGACGGUUCCAAGUUACAACCAAACAAGUAGCUCCAUGGACUUCAGAAAUUACAUGAUGAGAGACGAGAAUCUGGAGCCACUGCCAAAGAACUGGGAAAUGGCCUACACUGACACAGGAAUGAUCUAUUUCAUUGACCAUAAUACCAAAACAACUACCUGGCUGGAUCCUCGGCUCUGUAAGAAAGCCAAAGCUCCUGAAGACUGUGAAGAUGGAGAGCUUCCUUAUGGCUGGGAGAAAAUAGAAGACCCUCAGUAUGGGACAUACUAUGUUGACCAUCUUAACCAGAAAACCCAGUUUGAAAAUCCAGUGGAGGAAGCCAAAAGGAAAAAGCAGUUAGGACAGGCUGAAAUUGGGUCUUCAAAACCAGAUGUGGAAAAAUCACACUUUACUCGGGACCCAUCCCAACUGAAAGGUGUCCUUGUUCGAUCAUCACUGAAGAAAAGCACAAUGGGAUUCGGUUUUACCAUCAUCGGUGGAGAUCGGCCCGAUGAAUUCCUGCAGGUGAAGAAUGUGCUGAAAGACGGACCCGCGGCCCAGGAUGGGAAAAUUGCACCAGGUGAUGUUAUUGUGGACAUCAAUGGCAGCUGUGUCCUUGGUCACACCCAUGCAGAUGUGGUCCACAUGUUUCAGCUGGUACCUGUCAGUCAGUAUGUAAACCUCACGUUGUGCCGUGGUUACCCACUUCCUGAUGACAGUGAAGAUCCUGUUGUGGACAUCAUUGCUGCUACACCUGUCAUCAAUGGACAGUCAUUAACAAAGGGAGAGACUUGCAUGAGUACUCAGGAGUUGAAGCCAGGAGCAGUGGCUCAGGAUCAGAUUGGAAAGUUGGGUCCCAUGUUGACCAACGAUCGUCUCAAUGGCCUGUCAGAUCCCAGUGAGCAGAGAGCAUCCCUGGCAUCAUCAGGUGGCUCCCAGCCUGAACUAGUGACCAUCCCUUUGAUUAAAGGCCCCAAAGGCUUUGGGUUUGCGAUUGCUGACAGCCCUACUGGACAGAAGGUGAAAAUGAUAUUGGAUAGCCAGUGGUGUCAAGGCCUUCAGAAAGGGGAUGUAAUCAAGGAAAUUUAUCAUCAGAAUGUGCAGAACUUAACACAUCUCCAAGUGGUGGAAGUGUUAAAGCAGUUCCCUGUGGGUGCAGACGUGCCCUUGCUGGUCUUAAGAGGUCCUCCUUCACCAACUAAAACUGCCAAAACAAAAACAGAUAAAAAGGAAAGUUCUGGAAGUCUGGAGGCCAUUAAUGAGCCCAUUCCCCAGCCUAUGCCUUUUCCACCCAGCAUCAUCAGGUCAGGAUCCCCAAAAUUGGAUCCCUCCGAGGUCUAUAUGAAGUCUAAGACUUUAUAUGAAGAUAAACCACCAAACACCAAAGAUUUGGAUGUUUUUCUUCGGAAACAAGAGUCAGGGUUUGGCUUCAGGGUGCUGGGAGGAGAUGGACCUGACCAAUCUAUAUAUAUUGGGGCCAUUAUCCCCCUGGGAGCAGCUGAGAAAGAUGGUCGGCUCCGUGCUGCUGAUGAACUCAUGUGCAUUGAUGGAAUUCCUGUUAAAGGGAAAUCGCACAAGCAAGUCUUGGACCUAAUGACCACUGCUGCUCGAAAUGGCCACGUGUUACUAACAGUCAGGAGAAAGAUCUUCUGUGGAGAGAAGCAACCUGAGGACGACAGCUCUCCAGCCUUCUUGUCAACACAGAAUGGGUCCCCCCGCCUAAACCGAGCUGAGGUCCCAGCCAGGUCUGCUCCCCACGAGGCCUACGAUGUUGUCUUGCAGCGAAAAGAAAAUGAAGGCUUUGGCUUUGUCAUCCUCACCUCAAAGAGCAAGCCACCUCCAGGAGUUAUUCCUCAUAAAAUUGGCCGUGUCAUAGAAGGAAGUCCAGCUGACCGCUGUGGAAAGCUGAAAGUCGGAGAUCACAUCUCUGCAGUGAAUGGGCAGUCCAUUGUUGAACUGAGCCAUGACAGCAUUGUUCAGCUGAUCAAAGAUGCCGGGGUCACCGUCACACUGACAGUCGUCGCUGAAGAAGAGCAGCAUGGUCCGCCAUCAGGAACAAACUCAGCCAGGCAAAGCCCAGCACUGCAGCACAGACCCAUGGGACAGUCACAGGCCAACCACAUCCCUGGGGACAGAAUUGGCCUAGAAAGUGAAACUGGAAAAGACAUCCCCACUUCUUACAGACAUUCCUGGUCCGACCACAAGCACCUGGCGCAGCCUGACACCGCGGUGAUUUCCGUGGUGGGUGGUCGGCACAGUCAGAGCCUCGGCUGUUACCCAGUAGAGCUGGAGAGAGGCCCCCGGGGCUUUGGGUUCAGCCUCCGAGGGGGCAAGGAGUACAACAUGGGGCUGUUCAUCCUUCGUCUUGCUGAGGACGGCCCUGCCAUCAAAGACGGCAGAAUUCAUGUUGGUGACCAAAUCGUUGAAAUCAAUGGGGAACCUACCCAAGGCAUCACACACACUCGCGCUAUUGAGCUCAUUCAGGCCGGCGGAAAUAAAGUUCUUCUUCUUUUGAGACCAGGAACUGGCUUGAUACCUGACCACGGUAACUGGGACACUAGUAACCCCCCAUCUUCCAGUGUGAUUUAUGAUGAACAGCCGCCAUACCCCCCACCUUCACAUUCUGCUUCUGCGUUUGAGGACUCUUGUGGGCCAAUGACUGAAGAAGCUCCAGUGAGAGCUCAGCCAUGUGAGAGAGUGGACCUAAAGGACCCUGUACCUCAAAGGAAAAGCACUUUAAAUGAAAAUCAGUCUCUUCUCCAGAAAAAUGUGAACAAGAAGGGUCCACCCAGUGGCCCUGGGCACAGUGACAAGAGAAAUCUACUGAAAGAAGAAAAUGGUGUCUCACGAAGAGAUAGAUCUGCUAGUCCCAAAAAGUCAGCUAACCGAUAUUCAGAAGAACAUUUGGAAAAGAUGCCCAGUCCUCUAAAAGAUGACCCCAAGGGAAGACCCAGAGAUCGAUCACUCAGCCCAAGGAAAGGGGGGAAUAAAAGUCAGAUUAACACCAGGGCAAGUUCCGGACAAGAUCACUGCAGAAAAAGCAGAGGUCGGUCUUCUAGUCCAAAGAAACAGCAAAAAAUUGAAGGAGGCAAAGACCCGUCCAGUGCUGAAGCCAGAUUCUUUGAGGGUGAGAGUCGAAGGGCAACAGGCUGCACCAGCGACAAUGCUGAAGAGCUCUCAGAUGGGAAAGAAAAACCCGGUGCCAUCAGGAAAGAUCUGAAGCAGAGUCAGCUGGGAAAAAACAAAACAAGGUCUCCAGAGAAAAAGAGCAAGAAGAUGGAAGAAAAGUCUCUUCCACCCAAAAAGACCACCAGCAUUGCUAGUAGGGCAAUAUCUGAAAGUGAAAAGGGAAAGAAGACAAACAGCAGAGAAACAAGUUCUAGUAAAGAUAAAACAGAAGAAAAUGGCCAGCUGACAGAAAAGAAGCUGAGGCAGGAACCUGAAGAGAGGAUGGCCUCAAAUAAAACAGAGGAUCACAAAGGGAAGGAGCUCAAACCUGAAAGUAGCCCUCCAGUUAAGAAAACAAUAACUCCAGGGCCCUGGAAGGUGCCGAGUGCAAAUAAAGUCCCAGGCACUACUGGCAUGGCUGAGAAACAGCUGUGACCUUUGGUAUAAAACAAAGAAAAACAAGUUGCAUUCUUUUCUUACUAAAAGCAGCAUUUUCAAAAUAAAAUGUCUUUUUUUCAGAAAUUCUGGAACACCUAGUACAUUUUAAUUUGAGCACCAAGUUACCUACACUGCACAAGGGCCUAAGGCCUGUAGGACUGCUCAGAGCCGCUGUCCCUGGCCGCCCUCCCUCACCUCAGAAAGGAGCUACAUCCGUGCGCCAUCUGACAUGCCCUGCUCAGGCUGCCCAGCUGACUUGUCUCCAUGAACAUCCAAAUAUGACAUGUCACAACUCACUUUGUUGUGUGCCGAGUCAUCUACUGUCUCGUGUGUUUCACCCUGCUCAUUCAGGUCUUUCCACGGGGAUAAAGUCAGGAUUAGCUUGGAAGCUGAUGUUCUAGAUAGCAUGUUGCAUGUUUACAAAGAGCAGCAUCUGAGUCCUGCAGGAGUGAUCUUUAGCUCCUCACUAGAGACAGCGGUUGCCUCUUCUAACACCACUGAUGGUACCUAGUGGAAAACUCCAGAACGUCACCACUUUAAAGCAAAAAACUGCAUAUGUUGAUGCUUUCUUAAGGCUUUUUUUAAUUUGGCUGAAUAGGUGUUUCAAUAACUAUUGAAGAUAUUCCUUCCAACUGAAUGUUCAAAAUAAGAAAAUACUCUAAGUAAUAAAGUUCACCUCCUGCUGUGUUACCCAACCUGACGUGUAGAACUUCUCAGGUUUCCCUUUCUCAUCAAGGCCACCAGGAAGCAUGCAGAAGUACUGCUUAUUGCUUUUUGAAGAAUAACUACUAUUUCUGGAUAUUUUACUUGUAUCUGCUACUAAAGUCAUUAGUCUUCAAUACAUAUUCCAAGAGUUAGAUUAUUAUCCAGAUAGUGUGAGGGACAUAAUCAUGACAACAGUCUCCCAGCUCCAUGCCAGGCUCAGGCUCCCGCUCCUCACAUCUGGCAGAUGUGGACAACCGCAGAUGUUCAGAAGCAGAACCCGUGUCGGGUCUGCCCAUGAGGCAGGACAAAGUAGGCAGACUAUACAUGCUGGAUCUUAGCUUUAACUUUUAGCUACAUCAACUUUCUUAUUUAAAAACAAAGGGAGACCAAAUAUCUGCUAAGCUUACACAACUUUUCAGAGUCCUUUUCUAAGAGUCUAAAAUGUUUGCUGGAAGUUGGAGGUAGUUUUUAACCUCAAAGAAGAUGCAGGUUUUCAGACUCCAGCAGCAUUCAGUAGCAUCUAUAAAUACGGCCCAUUCUCAGAAUGAAACUCUCAAUCAUGGAGCAUUCGAACACACUUGGUCUGUUACCCUUGGUUCAUCCUGUGAAACACACAUCCAGCUCCUUCCCUCUGCGAGUCUGCCUAUGUAACAACUGUGUCAGCUCUGUAGAUGCCACGUGCUUCCCAGAGUGAGGCUUUUGAGAUCCCCUCUCCUCCAGAGCUGUAUCUAUCCACCUACCAUAACUGCGUUGAGUAAAGCAAAAUUAGGAGGCUUGAGAAAAUGCUGAGAACUUAGUGUCACAGAAAUGAUUUCUUUUCCCAAUAGUCCACAAUUAGUGAUGCAAAUCCUAUUUUAAUUGUUAACUGUGACAUAACUUGGAUGUCAUAUGUUAGUCUCAUGUGGCUCUUCCUUUCUAAAUAACCUGUCACUGUACCGAUUCUAUACUGACUUAGCAGUGUGGCCUUGGAAUGCUGAGCACGAUAUGGAUGUGCUGGUUGUAAAUGUUUAUAUAUGUACAGUACCUUUAUAUAUACACUUGAGGUUCUGAUUAGAG